AUGUCUUUACUUGUAUUUCACAGAAAUUCUGUUAAAUUUUUCAAAUUUUCUCUUCUCGGUUCGAAUAUUAAAUCGAACAAGACAUUUUCCAAUAGAAUUUCAUUAAUCUCCAAAGUAUCUUUCUCCACUUUCGACAAGAAAGCAGCCACUGAACUUUCCGAUAAAGGAGCAUUAGCAUUUGCCAACAAGAAUUAUGAAGAAGCUCUGAAAUUCUUUUUACAAGCAAAAGAAGCUUGUAUUUCACUGGUUGUGAUAUUACGUGUUGCCAAUUGUUAUGAACGUUUGAAUGAUCGGCGGGGUGCCUUUCAUGAGUAUCAAAUAAUUAUUCGAUUCUAUGAAAAUUCACUUGAUGAAACGAGAAGAGCAAUGUCUUCAUAUCAGGAAUGUUAUGUUAUGGCAUUGAUUGGGGCUGGACGAAAUAAUUAUUUAAAUAGCGAAGAAGCAAUGGAAUAUUGGAGGAAAGCUUCUCAAUUUAAAAACAUUCCAAACCACAUUCUUGGAAAUAGUUUAAUAGCUGGCUUGUAUUAUCAAAAAGGAAAGUAUAGAGAGGCCAUUCAAUACUAUACGAAAUCUAUUCAAGAAUUAGAAGGUACAACUGAAUAUUCUGAUAUUUUAAAUGCAAGCGACAAUUACUUUUUCAAAGGAAUGAGUCAUGUAUCUUUGGAUGAACCUGAGCUAGCCAUUCAGGAUUUUUCAAGACUUAUCAAUGAAUAUCGAGAUGGUACAAAUCCAGAUAGUAUUUUGAAUGAUAAUGAGAAUAGAUCUAUGGCCUACAUGAAUAGAGGUCUUUGUUAUUGUGCAUUGGAAAAUUUUGAAUUGGGAUUUAAAGAUCUAGAGGACUCUCUUAUUGAAUGUGAUAGCGAUGUGAAUAUUAUUUAUGCAGUAGCUCAGGCAUACUAUAUCAGGUACACUGAAACAGGUUCAAAUGAGUUGAGAGAAAGGUCAAUACAUUUCCUCAAUAAGAUUCUAGAAAUAGAUCCAAAACAUUUCAAAUCUCAACAAUUUUUAAUGGAACUAGCAAAGGGUGAACAUUCACCUAAUUCUAAUUGA